UAUAUAACAAAUUUCUAGUGUAAAAAUUAAAUUCAGCUCAAAACGAAUCAGUUAUAUUAUUUAGAGUAACUAGACUUUUAAAAGAUUAUGAAAAUGUUUCUGCGAUUAUUAUUGACUGUAUUCUUCUGUGGUUUCGUUUUGUGUCAAAUGGUGAAUAGCCAAUACAGAGAGGCAGAGUUUAAUCAUGCAGAUCCUGAUGGAUAUAAUGCAUUAUAUGAAGAAGAUCCUAAUUACAUUCAAAAACGUGUUCAAUUUCUACGUCUCGGUAAAAGAUUAGCCAGGAAAUCUGCAUAUCCUUAUGUUGGUUAAACAUUAUGCUGAUUUCUUUAAAAGAUAUGAAAAAACAACUGUUUAACAAAAAUACAAAUUUUUAAAAUGAAACUAAAUUAAUAUAUAAGUAAUUAUUUACGAA